GCGAUACGAGAGAUGUCGCUCUGCAAGGAGCUGGAACACAAGAAUAUCUCGAGAUUGAUAGAGAUCAUUCUCGAAAGGAGAUGUAUAUACAUGGUUUUUGAGUUUGCAGAACACGAUCUUCUGCAAAUCAUCCAUUAUCACUCGCAGCCGGACCACAAACAAAUCCCAGAACAGACACUGAAGUCGGCCAUGUACCAAAUACUGGAAGGCCUUUCAUUUCUACAUCAGAACUGGGUAUUACACAGAGACUUGAAGCCGGCAAACAUCAUGGUUACGAACGAUGGAGUGGUCAAGAUUGGAGACCUUGGUUUGGCUAGGAAGUUCAGCAACCCUUUGCAAAGUCUCUACUCUGGCGACAAGGUUGUGGUCACUAUCUGGUACAGAGCGCCGGAGCUGCUGCUGGGGGCGCGUCACUACACGCCAGCCAUUGAUCUUUGGGCUGUGGGAUGCAUCCUGGCAGAGCUUCUCUCGCUACGUCCCCUGUUCAAAGGCGAAGAAACCAAAAUGGAUAACAAGAAACAGGUACCGUUCCAGGAAAAUCAAGUGAUCAAGAUCCUCGAGAUCCUAGGGACUCCAACGCUGGAUAAGUGGCCCAGCCUGAACAGUUACCCAGAAUACCCGCAAUUGUCCAAGAUCUCGACGUUUCCAUCAAACCUGAAAGCAUGGUACCAGUCAAACGGAGGAAGCAACAAAAACUGUCUUCGGCUGCUCGCGAGUCUGCUGGAAUACGACCCUGCCAAGCGCAUAGAUGCGCUUGAGGCGCUAGACCAUAAAUGGUUCCAGGAAGCGCCCAAGCCGGUCGAUAACAUCUUCGCCAACUCACCCUUCAAAUAUCCGCAGCGAAAAAUUCAAAAGGACGAUAACGACAUCCUGGGCGGCACAUCCCAAACAUAUUACAACGGGAAACGUGCUUUUGGAGCCUACGACGAUCCAAGGAAAAGACGCUAACACCAAUUAAUAUAUACUACUCACGUGUCGCGAUUACUUGUCUAGCUAUUUGAAGGACCUCUUCUCCGAUCGCUUCCUGCGACUUCUCACCGCAAUAGAUCGCAUAUGCCCCCUCCUCGUUCUUCGGGACCUCCAUAUCAUCAAAUUGACUCUUAAGCAUGCUGCUUUUCAUGAAAUGACCUGCUCUCUGGCUCAUUCUUUGGUAUAUUAUAUCGUAGUCGUUGUACAGAAAUAGCAUCAAUACCUUGAUAUCUGGCUUCUCCAGUUUGGCGACUUUCUUGAUGUAAUCGCGGUAUUUCAAUUUUAGCAUCGAGCAGGUCACUACAGCAGUUCCUGCCUCGCCGAUGGCGUCAACCCCCACCUUAGUGAGUUUCUCUAGCCAGGCCCAACGAUCGUCGUCUGUCAAUGGAAUGCCCUGCGACAUCUUGUCGAUAUUUGGCUGCGGAUGAUACAAAUCUCCUUCCACAUACGGACAGUCUAGGUCUCUGCUCAGACGCUCACCGACUGUGGAUUUCCCCGUUCCGGAGGGGCCGCCAACAACUAUUAGAAUGGCCA